GUUACGUCGCCCUGCCGACCGGAGCCCAUGAAUCCCGUGACAGUCUGCGAUCUGGCAGAGAGCAAACUUAAAAAGAUGGAGGGAGUGAGAGAGCCCCCCGCGCCCACGAGAGCUUUGCUUUUGCCAAUCCAUCCAGUUCUUCAACGCAGACCUCUCUCCAACCGAGUCGAGUCGAGUCGAGUGUUUCUUUCGUAUCUCGCUUGGGGGGCUCCAGCAGCGAUGGGGUUGUGGUCGUUGCUCGCAAUUCUUACCGCAGCUCUUGCGGCGCUCUCGUCACUGGCCAACGCGCGAAAGCUACUCGACACCAGCAAUGGAGGAGAAAAGUAUGGGAAAGUGAUGGGCUACGUCGUGUGUGAUGCCUGCCGCGAGAAGAAUCUCACGAGCAACAGCGUUUUCCUCUCAGGUAUGACGGUCUCACUUACGUGCAAAGCCGUCGGCGGCCAGCGUCCAUUCUUUACCGCGCAGCAAGCCACGGACGAGCAGGGGAGGUUCUCUCUCGACAUCCCAUCGCAAAUCUCCGGCUCCGGCGAUGGAUUCAAGCUCUGCGCCGCGAGCGUCGCCGCGGGAGAGAAAGGAAUCACUCCUCUGCAGCGCUCAUGCAACGUUGCCGCCAUGGAGAAAUCGCAUUCUUCUCUCACUCCCUACACAACAAUCGAGGGCCAUCGAAUCUUCAGCACUGGCCCUUUCGUCUACACACCAUCCAAAUCUCUCCAAUCGAUCAAAUCGUGCGGGGAGAGCUCGCAGGACAAGGCUAAACAAUCCAAGAGUGACGCUUCUUCGUCCUCUCAUCAAUUUGGCGAAGAGAAAGCUCCAGCGUUUCCCAGCUUCCCGAAUUUCGGGAACCCAUUGUCCUUCCCACCGGUUUCUUUCCCGAAUUUCGGAGGGAUUCCAUCGUCCCCGGCCUCGCAAUUCCCAAUCACGUCUCUCUUCCCUCCCAUCCCGGCCAAUCCACCGCCGCUCCUCUCGCAAGUUCCACCUCUCGCGGGGCUCCCUCCCUUCCUGGGAUUCCCGCAGCUCCCAGCGUUCCAGUUCCCAUUCUUCGCAGCUCCUCCUCCCCCAGGAAACUAGACCGAUGGAUCCGUAGCUCGUUACUAACAGAGUUGCAAUAACAAGAGUGAUCGAUAGCUUAGAAACCAUGAAUAACGAACUUGUGUAUGUCUGACAAAGUUGAUAAAAAUGAGAAAUUUACGCG